AUUGGCUGUCGGCGUGUGUUAGAAUGUCUCGUGCAGAGAAGGUUCGUGACUGUCACUCACUCCGCGCGGCCUGACGCGCAGACCUCAAACCGGUGAAUUGAUCCAAAAUAUAAUGUUUAGUCGCGUAUUAUUGUGACCAACGGACCCUUAGACGUUUGAAGGAAAGGGUGUGUGUCGGUAUCAGUGCAGCCAUGCUGUCCAGAUUAAGCAUGAGUGUGAGGCCGUGUGUGAGAGUGUGCCGAUGGGUUCACACUAAAGAAAAGGGGAAACCGCUCAUGCUCAACCCACGUACCAACAAGGGAAUGGCCUUCACUCUGAAGGAACGGCAGAUUUUGGGCAUUCAUGGUCUGUUGCCUCCAAAGAUCGAGACUCAGGACACCCAGGCCAUGCGCUUCCAGAAGAACCUGAAGAAGAUGUCCGACCCACUGCAGAAGUACAUCUAUCUAAUGGGGAUUCAGGAAAGAAACGAGCGUCUCUUCUACCGCGUGCUUAUGGAAGACAUCGAGGCUCUCAUGCCCAUCGUCUACACACCUACUGUUGGUCUCGCAUGUACUCAGUAUGGACAUAUCUUCAGGCGACCCAAAGGUCUGUUUAUCUCCAUUAAGGAUCAAGGACAUAUUCGUUCCAUAUUGGAUAAUUGGCCAGAAACCAGUGUCAAGGCUGUAGUGGUGACAGACGGUGAGCGUAUCCUGGGUCUGGGUGAUCUGGGAUUGUAUGGGAUGGGUAUUCCUGUAGGAAAGCUGUGUCUUUAUACGGCCUGUGCUGGAAUUCGGCCUGAGAGUUGCCUGCCGGUCUGCAUUGAUGUAGGCACGGAUAACGAGAAGUUACUGAGGGACCCGUUCUACAUGGGUCUGUAUCAGCGGCGUGACCGAUCCCAGCGCUACGACGAUCUCAUAGAUGAGUUCAUGGAGGCUGUGGUGGAUAAGUACGGACAGGACACCCUCAUCCAAUUUGAGGACUUCGGGAAUCACAACGCCUUUCGAUUUCUGAAGAAAUACCGUGAGAAGUACUGCACCUUCAAUGAUGACAUCCAGGGCACUGCAUCAGUAGCUCUGGCGGGUUUACUGGCAGCUCAACGCGUUGUGGGGAAGUCAAUAACUGAACAUAAAGUUCUGUUUCUGGGGGCUGGAGAGGCUGCUCUGGGAAUCGCUAACCUGAUCGUCAUGGCCAUGAUGGAGUCGGGAAUGUCCCAAGCAGAAGCCAGAAAGAAAAUCUGGAUGUUUGACAAAUAUGGUCUGUUAGUAAAGGGCAGAGCUUAUGAGACAGAUAGUAAUCAGGAGGGUUUUGUUCACCCUGAUCCCGGGGACGUGAAAAGCUUCUUAGACGCUGUCAAUGUUAUUAAGCCCACCGCCAUCAUUGGUGUGUCAGGUGCCGGCCGGCUCUUCACUCAUGAUGUCAUCAGAGCAAUGGGCAGCUUGAACGAGCAUCCGAUUAUCUUCGCCCUCAGCAACCCGACUGCCAAGGCAGAGUGUACAGCUGAAGACGCCUACAGCCUCACACAGGGAAGGUGUUUGUUUGCCAGUGGCAGUCCGUUUGCCCCGGUGUCACUAGAAGAUGGCAGAAUACUGACCCCUGGACAGGGCAACAAUGCUUAUAUAUUCCCAGGUGUAGCUCUGGCUGUUAUACUCAGUGGAGUGCGACACAUCAGUGAUACGGUCUUCCUUGAGGCUGCAAAGACGCUGGCGGAUCAGCUGACAGAUGAAGAGCUGAGUCAGGGCCGACUGUAUCCACCCCUGUCCAACAUCAGAGAGGUGUCACUGCAGAUGGCCAUCAAGGUGGUGCAGUACGUGUAUUCAAAGGGAAUGGCGUUUCGAUACCCAGAGCCUGUGGAUAAGGAAGCGUACGUCAGAUCAGUUGUGUGGAACAUCAACUACGAUUCGUUUCUGCCCGAGAUAUACGACUGGCCCGGGGUUUCUCACAGCCCUAUGGUAGACUAGACGACGAACACGUGAGAAAACACCACACAGAGAGAAACAGAACAAAAACCAGGAAGUCUGAAGGGAGUUUUCAUUCUUCUGUUUUAGCCACUCCUUUUUUUGCUACUUAUAGUAUUUAUUCAUAUUUCUGACCCUUUGUUUAAAUUGCAAUUUCAGUUUAUGGAUGAAUUUUACAACAUCUUUAUCUUGUACAUGUCCAGGAAACAUUUCACUACAGAAUCAAAAUAAAUAAAUACUAAAUAAUAUUUUGCAUUUAGAAAAU